AUGGCGGUUUUUCGACUGUACGGACGCAGAGAUGCUUACGACGCCCUCAGAGACCUGCUCGCCAAGACGAUCCAGCAGGACACGCCGGCGUUCGAGGACAUGUCGCCGUCGACCUCGCGAUUCUGCGACCUCCCCAUGUGCGCGUCGCACCUCCGCAAGCUCCUCAAGAUGCGAGCGCCGCGUUCAGCAGACGGCAGCGGCGGCGGCACCGCGACGACCGGCGCCGGGAGCAGCGGUGGUCACAACGACAGCCGCGGCAGCUACCCCGUUGUAAGCGUCGCUCAUGGUGGCGUUGGCAGCGGUGCUGGUGCUGGUGCCGCGCCACGCCAACACAGUGAGGGCGAUUUCCUGGUGCCUCCCUCUGCCCCCCCUUUCCGAGAUCGAGGGCAGCAAGUCGAGCAGCUGACGAGGAGGAGAUAUUCCCAGGGCGUCGGCACCGCCGUCGCCGACGUCCGGCCCGGCUUGCCCCUGCCCGCGGCUGGUUGGAGCUACCUCGACCACAACAAGGGGGCGGUUUCACGGCCGGCAUCAGCAUCGGCAUCGACGUCGGGGGCCCCGCGAACUGCUCCGCACGAAGCGAGCGGCUCUAGCUUUCAUGGAGCACCGCCGCCGCCGUUCGGCGCUCUCCCGCCGCUGCCGCCACCGUCGCAGCCGCGCGGGGGGGCGGAGGGGCUUUGCGGCCCGCCGGGUCCGGCCCCCGCCGCUAGCUCGUACGAGCUUGGCGCGGCGACAGCGUACGGGGGGGCGAAUGCGGUCGGGUCUGCCGCUGCACCCUCAAGCGAGUUGUUCGACACCGUAGGCUUUGAAGAGGCGGCGAGGAGAGACCAGGCGGCGGCGGCGGCGGCGGCGGCGGCGGCGCCUGCCUGGGGGACGGUGUCACAGGCAUGGCGCGGCGGGAGGUUUCAAAGCCCCGCCGCGGGGGAGCAGCUUCGCGGGGGCGGUGAUGGUGGUGGCGGGGGCGGGGGCGGGGGCGGUGGGGGUGGCGGCGGACCGUGGGGGCUGUCGACCCACGGAGGGAAAGGGCAGCAUGGUCGCGAUGGCCGUGGCCUUGCCCCCGGUGCCCCGCCCCCCUCUUCGGCUGCACACGCGACCACCAGCGGCGCAGAGCUCUCCGCCGCGCUUGGCCAGAAAAAUGUUGACCAUCAAUCCGCCAUCACGGCUGCUGAUCUGCAGAGCGUGAGUCACGCCAUGGCGGGCGCGGAUGGCGACACCAGUAGUAGUUCCAACACCGGUAGACCGCGACUUCCCGAUCUGUAGCGAGCGCGGUUGGGGGCCCGUGGUAAAAGAAGGUGCGGGUCGGGGCUCAGUUUGUCACGUCGCUGCCAUCGAGCGUGGGGCCUACAUGUACUGUAUGCCUGGAGCGUGAAGUGUAGAGGAUCUUCAUUUUUUUACGGAUGUUUUUCUAUUCGUGACUAUUUUGAGUCGGCCUCUCUUGACAGACAAAGAUUUUUUUCUUUGUCGCGGGCCCGAACGGCUCUUGGCAAUGGAAUAUUAAUGUUCGGAGUGGUCAGGGGCGGAACGACGGGUCGUGUAAUCGUGCGAAACGCUUGUUGCUGCUCUGUUUUUGACAUUGACCACUUGUAAAGAGGCAACCAGUGGAACUAUUUGUGAUGUCGUUAGUGUUUUUAAAAUCUUGUUUUGGGGCGUGCUUUCUAUCGUAUUUUGCCACGCGCCUUUCCAUUUGUUUGCGGAAAGCCAACCCCAAUACAAUUGUAGGAUAGUUUGUUUCUUGUUUCCUUUCUUUGUGGGAUUACCCAAUAUGGACAUGGGAGCAUACAGGUUUUUGGUAUGGGACUCAUUAUUGCCUGAGCGCAUGUUCUUUCGGUCGCGUUCCUGAGGAGUGUGUCCUGCAUUGUAGGCUCAAGUUCUUGACUUCCUCACUCUCAGGUUCUUCAGCGAGUGAUGGUGACGCUUUCUGUACGAAUACCUGACUGAGAAAAAGCAAUUUGCGACGGCGGUGGUGGUCACCAGCUGCUAGAGCGGUGGGGACGUUAUACCCCUCAUCAUGUCCCCGCCUAUCUAUCCUACCCUAUUGUUAGUCUUUGCCGUCUUCCAUCUUCGUUCGGGUAAAAAUGUUUGUUGUACAAAUAUCGCCGUCCCCUUUUUUUUCUUGUGGGGGUGAGAAUCCACCAAUUCGGAGCCGCUGGUAGGGCGGCCAUCCGCGUGAGGUGCUACUUCAUUACUUACCAGACGUAGUGUAGUCUGGAUGAUGAACCGCCGAGCGUACGGAUUCCGGUCGUUGCGGCGUAGUACAUGUGUCUUGUGAGUUUGUCUAAUACUACAGCGGUUGCAUGUUUGUGUGACUGCGAGCGGGUUAUGAACGAACGGGCUUUUUCAUAUGUUGAUAUCGUAUGACCGCGGUAGUAGGCAGACAGACGUACGUACGUGGUAAACUACUGCUGCUGCUGUUGUCGAUGUUGUUGUCCCCGACUCUGGAGCAAGGUUUUCGCAUGUCGAACU